UUCAGCAGAGCGUGUGUUAUCUUUUCUCCUCGCCACUAACCAUCCAACACCCUUAGCGUGUCGUCACAUCGCACAGUCAGAACCUGGCGGCAGCUCAAAGGGAAUGCUGGGAAAUAGGAUCCAUAUGGUGGCACUAUAAAGUGCACCGCCAACCCCGAGCCUUCACCAAAAAACUGGCCAAGCCGUCCUCAACGCCAGCAUCCAUUCACCUACAGUCUCUCCUCACCUGUCUCCUCAGUAGCAUCGCUGCUCUGUUUUACCCCAAGAUCCUUCCUCACACGUGACCUUCUUCAGGACUGGAUACUGAAAGGGGCUGGAUUGACUAUGAAGAUCCUGGGCCAUGUGGUUUUCCUGCUGCUGAUAGGAGGGAUUUGUUGCCAGAACAACCGCAAUGCCAAACCUAGUGGCAAGUCAUCUAAGAAGAACCAGGGGAACCAGAACCAGGGGUCCGAGGCAGCCCAGUCGGCCCCAGAAGAUGAGCCCCAUUCUGGGCCAGUGGAGUCAGGCAGGGAGGGUAACUCUGGAGGUCGGGCGGCAGCCCAGCAGUCAGCUUCACAGAACAACAAGGCUUCAGAUGAUAUGAAGCUGCAUGUCCUCAAGAAUACUCAGGUCACAUGCAACGAUGGAACAGCGGCAGGGUUUUACCUAAAGGAGUUCAAAGGGAGUAAGAGAUGGCUGAUAUUUCUGGAAGGCGGUUGGUGCUGCUACAACAAAGACUCCUGCGAUACCAGAUAUAAAAAUAUCCCACGACUCAUGACCUCAUCCGACUGGCCCCAAACGCGCAAAGGAAGUGGAAUAUUGUCAGCCCAGGCGGAAGAAAAUCCUCAUUGGUAUAACACUAAUAUUGUAUUCAUCCCGUACUGCUCCAGCGACGUGUGGAGUGGAACAGGGCCCACAGCCACCAAGGAGAAGAGAGGCCCGGGAAAAGAGAAGGAGAAAGAUGCCAUUGAGUAUACCUUCAUGGGUUCCCUGAUCAUCCGUGAGGUCAUCAAAGACCUAGUCCCUAAAGGCAUCAAACAGGCCAAGGUUGUCAUGCUGGCUGGCACAAGUGCUGGAGGGACGGGAGUGCUACUGAACAUUGAGAGAGUGUCCAGUCAGCUGGAGCAGCUGGGGGCAGAGGCCCAGGUUCGAGGCCUGGUGGAUUCGGGCUGGUUUCUGGAGAGUAAACAGCAGAGGGUUCCUGACUGCCCAGACAGUGUCUCCUGCUCACCUGUAGACGCCAUCAAGAGAGGACUCAAGUUGUGGAACGGGGUGGUCCCAGACAAGUGUCGGCAGCAGUACAAGAAAGGAGAGGAGUGGCAGUGCUUCUUCAGCCACAAACUCUACUCCUCCCUGACCUCCCCUCUGUUUGUGGUGCAGUGGCUGUUUGAUGAGGAGCAGUUGCGAGUGGAGAAUAUCUACCUGGGGGGUCAGACCCUGUCAGAACAGCAGUGGACCUACAUGCAGAACCUGGGAAAGGAUAUCAAGAACUCACUCAAAGAUGUCACGGCUGUGUUCGCACCCUCCUGCCUGUCCCACACAUUGAUCACUAAAAGUAACUGGAUGACGUUUCAAGUCAAAGGCACCUCCCUGCCCCGGGCUCUGCAGUGCUGGGAUAAGAGUUUCCAAGAAGCCAACCGUAACAGCAAGACCCCCCUGAAGGGCUGUCCCUUCCACCUGAUCGACACCUGCCACUGGCCCCAGUGCAACCCCACCUGCCCAGCCUUGGUGGACCAGGCCACCCAGCAGGAGCUCACCCUGCUCCAGAUGUUAGUGGGCAUGGGCCUGGACCUCCAGAAACUAGGCCUGGACCUCAGGAGGGACAGUAGCUCUGUAACUAGCAUGGUCAGUAACGGUGGCUAAGACAAGGAGUAUAGAAGCCCACUCUCUGGCUUAGUAAAGGGACAUUUUUUAUGAGUUAUGACGUAACCAUGAAAGUUACAGAAUCUGGUUACUUCUCUUGUGCCGCUCAGCCAUUCCGUUGUGCUCCACUGUUACCAUGCCGUCUUGACCGGUGGGUAUGUCACUGGGCUUACACUAUGUCUGUCUGUAACGUUACAGUUUGCCUCCAGGAUCACUCUCCUGGACAGUUUAAAGAGGGAGGGGAGUGAUUCCAGUUUACCCCUGGGUUGUGUCUCACAUUUGAUUUGAUUCAAGGGAGAACGAGGAGUGCCAGGUACCUGUAGCUAACCAGUCAGACACCAAACCUGCAACACACUUUCACCCAACUACAUGUACUAUACAAAACUUCAACAACAUUUUGUGAAUUGAAACGUACUGCUUUUGAGGAUUUUUGAAUAAGCUAUUGGCACAUUUUAUCAUCUUGCCAACAUAGUACUGGUACAGUAUUCAGAGGAAAUGUACAUUUUAAUGUAGAUGGUUGACUGGAAGGAUAUAUUAUAUGAGUCUGCUGUUUUAGAUCCAUGUCCAAGCUCAAACACUGCCCGAGAAUGAAGGACACUUGCAAGGACACUUGCAGUGCCCAGACCAUUCUCUAACUUUUAUUGAAUGUGUUCUACACACACACACACACACACAUCCUACAGUUUAUAUUGCCCACAUUUCUACUGCUGCUGCAAUUACAACAUUGACUUUAUAUAUAUAUAUAUAGAUAGAUAUAUUUGAUAUGCAUGUGGAGUAAGGGAUGUUUGAUCUUGCAAAAGUGGCCCAAAUGAAGAGUAAUUGUCAUACCUUCUAAUAUUGUAUAUUAUCAAGAGAAGGUUGUGACCAUCUCUUCUUUCUUUGACUUUACCAUGAAGUGUGUUUGAACCUAAUGUAUCUUCCCAUGGACCCUUUUAACUGAUGUUUCCUCUUCAAAAACACUGUAGUCAAUACUACUCAGCUAGUGUGUCAUGUACUGUAAUAUCUACAUAAUUUACAUCCUUAAAGAAUCAUUUCAUGUGAUUAUAUCUAAUCUAUUGUAUGGUAAUUAUAAUCAGAAUUGUUUGAUUUGCUACUGUUUUAAAUUGUAUGUAAUGAACCCUAUUUUGCUUGAAAUAUUUACCUUGUAAACAGAACUAUAACUUGACAGGCAUUAUAUAGUGGAUGUAUGUUGAAUUGAA